GCGCACACGCGUCCUCCCCCUGCCGAUCACCUUUGCCACCUCUCGCUACGCUAUCCCCGUAUAAAAUUUGCGUCACUCCACCAUCCCCUGCAUCCCGCAUUUCCUCCACUGCAUACCAACACCAACCACUGUACUAGCACUACUAGUAUAGCAAGAAGGGUGAUGACGACGACGACGGCGGAGGGCGGUGGCGGGGUGGCGCCGUUCGUGGCGAAGACGUACCGGAUGGUGGACGACCCGGCCACCGACGGCGUCAUCGCCUGGGGCAGGGACAGCAACAGCUUCGUCGUCGCCGACCCCUUCGCCUUCUCCCAGACCCUCCUCCCCGCCCACUUCAAGCACUCCAACUUCUCCAGCUUCGUCCGCCAGCUCAACACCUACGGGUUUCGCAAGGUUGAUCCGGACAGGUGGGAGUUCGCGCACGUGUCGUUCCUGCGCGGCCAGACGCACCUGCUGCGCCGGAUCGUGCGACGGAGCAGCGGCGGAGGGGGAGCGAAGAGGAAGGAGGAGGCCGGCGGUUGCGGCGGCGGAGGGGAGGCGGCCGCCGGGGACGUCGACGAGGAGAGCGCCGUGGUGGCCUUGGAGGUGGCGCGGCUGAGGCGGGAGCAGCGGGAGAUCGAGGGCCGCGUCGCCGCGAUGUGGCGCCGCGUGCAGGAGACGGAGCGCCGCCCCAAGCAGAUGCUCGCCUUCCUCGUCAAGGUCGUCGGCGACCCGCAGGUGCUGCGCCGCCUCGUCGACAGGGACAACACCAACGCCGCCGCCUCCAACGCCGACGACUCCGCCGUGCAUCAUCAGGUCAAGAGGCCGCGCCUCCUCCUCGACUCAUCCUCCACCACCACCACCCACGGCGACCGCCACCUCGUCACCGCCGCCGCAGACGGGUUCUACGCCGGCGGCUGCGGCCCGGAGGCCGCAGCUGCCGCCGCGUUCGUGCCGGACGACGCGGUCGACUUCACCGGCCUCUACACCGGCGGCGACGGGUUCGGCAACGCCGUCGUCGACGCCGGCGUCGACUACCCGCCGGCGUACGCGUUCCCGGUGGUGGACAGCGGCUACUAAAGCUGUAACCGCUUUGAGAUUCGUGCUCUUGUUGCCGAUCCAACGAUUUGUGUACGCAGUAGUAUUUUCCGUUUCAGUUUGCCCUCCCCAAAGUGUUUGGACGAAGUGGCUGUGAACGGCGAAGGAAGGAAGCUAGGUAGCUCUCCUAGUAGCCAUGUUGGGUUUUUUCCCCCUUGUUGGGGGUUUUUGGUCUCGGUGUGUGCCUGACUUGUGGGCCAGCCGGGUGUAUAUGCGCAAGCAAAAAAAAAUAAUAGUACUGGUAGUAUCUAAGUUCAACAAAAUUUGCUCCGUUUGAACAAAAGAUUUCAAAAACUACAGAAACAGGAAAAGCACAGUAUUAGGAAUCGAAUGUUGGAAUCGAA